AGGUGCUCAGCCUCUCCAUAAGCCAUUUGUGCCGCUAUCCUCUAUCGUUGGUGCCAUCAUUGGAGGUCUUCACGUGCGAUGUCUGCUGAUCGUAUUGUCCGACUGGGUAGUUCGAAAUCCAGAAGUGGUAGUGGUGAAUAUGAAGGUUGCAAGAAACACUCUUCGUCAGUCUCACAGUCAGAAGUUUCGGGAUUCAAGGUGGAAGAUACAAAUAUCUGUACAUCUGAAAGUGAAAAGAAUGGCAAACAUGUGAAGUCUGAUAGCAGAGACAGUGAUUUUGACCAUGAUGCACAGUUAAGACAUGGAUCUCUGUCAUCUCCUGUUAAACAGUCUGGAUUGCCAAAAAAACUCCUUCAUCCUGCUCAAUUCGAACGCAGUAAUUUAGAUGAUCACAAUAAGAUCAUAUCCGGAACGCAUCAUAUCAAAUCUGAAUCAUCACAUUCUAGUCGUUCACUGCAUGAGGAACGGUCCAUUAAAAAAAGCAGUCAGGUGAAUAAGCACUCUACAUCGACAAAGCACAAAACCGAUUUGAGUAGCUCUCAUUCGACAGAAAAUACCACUCACUCAACCCAUAACCGAAGUCGGAUUGGUUCAAAUAGUCUCGUACCCUAUAUCAGCACAGAUGAUGAACUGCCUCAUGACAAUAAAAAUCAUUCAUAUCCUAAAAGAAAAAUGAGACGAAAAGACGACGAUGCUGUUCUGCCCAAAAGCUAUGCCUUGCCAGAAAGUAAUGCUACUAAUCUAAAUUCAUCAUUAAAAGGUCAAACUUCUGAGAUACUUAAAAGUGUCAAAGUUAUAAAAAGCACUGCAAGAUCUACAUGGGAUUCUAGUGAUAGUGACUUUGAUUCUACGGUUGUUCGUACAGAAAAGGCUAGCGAAAGUGAGAAUACUAUCCCAGUAUAUAAUCAUACAUCAAAUCUAUCGAGUUCUUCACGUAAGACAUCUCACUCCACUGCAAAUAAGUUAAGUUCGUCGAGAAAAUCGAAAAGCAAUCCAACUACGAAAAGGAAAAAUGACACUUAUAGCAAAGAUGAUUCAGUCAACUCUAAAGAAGCUCGGUCCAAGUUAUCCAGUAGUGAUUCAGACUAUAGAAGACGCGAAAGAAAUUCAAAUCGUCAACGGUCCAGCAAACGACGAAGAAAAUCCGUCUCAUCUAGAGCUUCUGAUGGCUCUCGAGGAACACAUCGUGCCAAAAACACAGCCGAUGAUAUAUCUCCAAAUCAUAAACGUUCACUUUCUCAUGGAUCCUCAUCGUAUCAUUCGUCAAUGAGUAGGUCACAGUACUCCUCUCGGACGGAGUCCUCUUGUCAGUAUGAUCGACGCAAGCGUAGUUAUCUAAAGUCAAAAACUUAUAGUUCCAGGUCAUCUGCCGGUACUUCACGUUCAUACCGCUCAAGCUACAGUUCAAGAUCUAGGUCAAACUCUGCAAGAACUCCUAGGUAUCGUAGACACGUCAGGUCGUCUUACCGGAGGAGACAUAGACAUAGGAGCUAUUCCGUUCGAUCACGGUCUCGUUCACGAAGCUCUCACUCAACAGAUUCCAGUUUUUCUUCACAGUCCUCUCGCUCGUCACCCUCUCGAUAUUUUUCACGUCGAAAUGUCUCUAAAAAACGUUCUUCUUCUCGUCGCUCUCGUACUCCUUUAUAUCGACCUAGUUCAUCUUUUAAAAAGGUUUCGGAUGAUCACGUUCGAAGUACACCGGAACGCCGUGUCGCUCACCUAGGUAGUAAUUUGGAUGAUAAAACAAAUAGUCCUUAUGGUGAUUCAAAGCCUAAGUCUUAUAUACCUAGUAUUAACGAAACAGUCUCAGCAGCUGUCAAAAGGGUUUUAGGUGACGGACAAUCAAAGAAUCAGAAGAUAUCACACGAAUCAACCAUAUCAAAAAAUGACAAUUGUACUACUGAAUCAAAUUCUGCCAAUAAUUCUAAAUUGGCUGAUGAAUACAAUAGUGAUUCACGUUCACAACCAUCGACUUCAUCAAAUGUAACAGAGUCAAAUGAUAAAACAUUCAGUCCACCGGUUCUGGUUGAUAUACCAUUACCUCAAGAUGCACUACAUCAGUCUUCUGACAAUUCGAAUAAUAAUAGUAAUAACUCAAAUAAAUCUGCUACCUGCAUUGGACCACAGGUUUCUGCGGAUCUAGCUAAGCGCUUUGGUUUAUCUGUUGCUGAUACAACCGUCAAAUCAGAGACUACUGACUCUAUAGCGACUGUUUCAAGUAGCAGUACUACCGUCGUUACUUCCGAAAGUUCACAACUUCAAAAUACUUCUAACUCUUCCUGUGAUACUGUAUCUUCAUCAGCUACAAAAAACACAGAUACUGAAGUUACCAGCGCUAAUCCUCCAGAAUUCACAAUCCCACCUGAACAAGCGGAGUUGUAUAGACCACUACAAGAGCAAGCCAAGGAACACGCUUUACGCCGUACCGGCAUGCUUAUGUCCGACGAGUCAAAAUUUCAGUUGAUGCAGCAACAACAACAACAAGCUCAACGACAAUUAUUUCUUCUUCUUCAACAACAACAGCAGAAUCAACCCUCUGUGGUUUUUUCUCCUGCUGGAGUUAUCUAUUCAACUCCUUCACUGUUACCUUUCUAUGCUACUAGUAGUACUCCAUUGUUAUCCAGCAUACCAAGUAGUAAUGUAGUAGCUACUGGUAACGUUAAUAUCACAGACCUGUCGGUGCCUCAACAGCUUUCUGCUCUGUGUGGAGCUGCAUAUCAGCAACAGGUUAGUUUUCGUAUUGUAUUUUUUGAAAUUUCUCUCACAGACGGAUAUAGGAAUAUCACUUGAAAACUUUGUUUUCAGUUUUACUUCCAUAUGUUAGCAUCAAAUGUGUGUGUGUGUCGCUGACUGUGUUGAUCGGUGUUAAUAGAAUAUGUAUCAUGUAGUAUUCAACGUCUUUAUGACUUCGGUACAAAGCAUUUAUUGUGGUCCGAACACUUUAAGCUUUCAAACGAAGUAGUCUGAAUGUCAUUUUAUUGAACACUGUACUAUGCAAAUAGCCAACCAACAGUUCUCCUGAGUGAAGAACUGCAGUUCUUCUGAUUUAAACUUUUGAAUUUUAAUCAAAUUCAUCUUGGAAUGCUGUUGGUGAACUUAACUCAAAACCUGUGAAUAUAUCUCUGGUGUAAUAAUUACAUUUAUUUGAUCAAUGAGCGUUUCUGACUGGUGUCAUUGGCUUUCACGUAAUCAUGGCAACCGGCACAUUGGCUUAAGCAGUCGAGAUUCAGACAAUGGAUACCGGGUUUGAGUCCCGCCCCACCUACUUCAACUCAGGCAGCUGGGUGCUAUUAUCAACCACCACACAAUAAGUGUGGGUUGUAGCCUAGUACUGAGUACUCGAGAUCUAAAUAACUAAGCAGUAUCCUUUGUAUAAGGCUGAUUACAUUUUCACACUUCAAACCACUUCAUUUAUCAAGUUUUGGGCAUUUAGAUAAUUGUAUUUCUCCAACCAUCAUGGUGAUGUAUUUAUUAUUAUUAUUAUAUCC